CUCCUUCUCCUCUCCUCCUUUUUAUUAUUAUUUAACGUUAUCUCUCUCUCUAUUUCUUUUCGACUCUCUCUCUCUCUAUAGCUUUGCAGACCCUAAAACUCGCACACAGCCACAGUUUAGGUGAAGAUUGUGAGACACAAGGGAAAUUUGUGAUGGCUUCGAAAAGGAUCAACAAGGAAUUGAAGGACCUCCAGAAAGACCCUCCUGCUUCAUGCAGCGCUGGCCCUGUGGCUGAUGACAUGUUCCACUGGCAAGCAACAAUUAUGGGUCCUGCAGACAGUCCAUUUGCUGGGGGUGUUUUCCUUGUAUCCAUUCACUUCCCACCGGAUUACCCAUUCAAGCCACCCAAGGUUUCCUUCCGGACAAAGGUUUUCCACCCUAACAUUAACAGCAAUGGCAGUAUCUGUCUUGACAUCCUCAAAGAGCAGUGGAGCCCUGCCCUUACCAUAUCCAAGGUCCUCCUGUCAAUAUGCUCACUGCUGACAGAUCCAAAUCCUGAUGAUCCUUUGGUGCCUGAGAUUGCUCACAUGUAUAAGACGGACAGAGCAAAGUACGAGACUACUGCCCGAUCUUGGACCCAGAAGUAUGCCAUGGGCUAAGGCUCUUGUUCUGCAUGAGGGAAUAUUUCAUGCUUAAAAGCUAUCCUAUUAGUAAAUAAACAAAUAUGUAAGAUGUUCUGAAGAUUAAAGAACUUGUUUGGUCGGUCUUGACACCUCGUGUCUUUGGGAAAUUUUAUAAAUGGGUAUCUUAAAACUGCAACAUCUUACGUUAACAGGUUGAGUAGUUAUUUGGAACUUGGUGGCAAAAUAGUGUUUUUUGUUUUGCAUUCAUCAUU